UCAGGGAGCAGACUGAGGACAGGAGGAAAGGAACCUGGCUGUCCAACCAGGGAGCAGACUGAGGACAGGAGGAAAGGAACCCGGCUGUCCAACCAGGGAGCAGACUGAGUGUUCCUUUCCUCCUCAGCGUGUUUCCUUGACAGCGUGUUAUUUGAAGGUGGAUGAUCGCAGAGAGCAGUGCACCCUGGGAUCAGCUGCAUAAUCAGAGAGACAAAGGAACGGGGGAAGAGAGGGAGAGAAGUGUGGAAUAUUAAAAUUCCCAGUGGCGUGAAAGGGUUGUGUUCUCUCUUCUCUGUUUAUUUCUCUGAAUUCCUUUCAAAUGAUACGUCAUGACGGGUCCAACAGUUACCGUCUGAUGCAGCUAGGUUGCCUUGAGAGCGUCGCCAAUUCCUCGGUGGCUUACAGCUCGUCCUCGCCGCUCACAGCCUACCCCGCGGCGGCUACAGAGUUUGCCUCGCCCUACUUCUCCACCAACCACCAGUACACCCCCCUGCACCACCAGUCCUUCCACUAUGACUUCCAGCACUCCCACCCAGCCGUGGGCCCAGAGGCGUACGGCCUCAACUCUCUCCACUCCGGGCAGUACUACCAGCAGAUUCACCACGCGACCCACGGAGACACAGACUUCAUCAACCUGCACAGCGCCCGUGCACUUAAGUCCUCGUGCCUGGACGAGCAGCAGCGGCGCGAACUGGGCUGCCUGGACGCCUACAGGCGCCAUGACCUGUCUUUGAUGACGUCACACGGUGGGCAGUACGGCAUGCACCACGACCAGAGGCUACUGCCUGCAGCCGGUCUGGGGCUCCCUCCCCCCGGGGCGGACGACCUGCAGGGCUCCGUGGAGGCGCAGUGCGGGCUUGUGCUCAAUGGCCAAGGCGGCAUCAUCCGAAGAGGAGGAACCUGUGUGGUGAACCCUACAGAUCUGUUCUGCUCUGUCCCUGGCCGUCUGUCCCUCCUGAGCUCAACCUCCAAAUAUAAAGUCACCAUCGCUGAGGUGAAGAGACGCCUCUCGCCUCCAGAGUGUCUCAACGCCUCACUUCUCGGAGGAAUAUUGCGCAGAGCUAAGUCUAAGAAUGGUGGUCGUUGUCUGAGGGAAAAGUUAGAUCGACUGGGACUCAACCUGCCAGCUGGACGGAGAAAAGCUGCCAACGUUACACUCCUCACCUCUCUGGUGGAAGGUGAGGCGCUCCACCUGGCUAGAGACUUUGGUUAUACAUGUGAGACAGAGUUUCCUACCAAGGCAGCUGGAGAACACCUAGCCAGACAACACAAUGAACCCAAGGAGACCAGCGGGCGCAAGAAGAUGGUGCUGGCCACCAAGCAGAUCUGUAAAGAGUUCCAGGACCUGUUGAGUCAGGACCGUUCUCCUCUUGGCUCCUCCAGACCCACACCUAUACUGGACCUGGAUAUACAGAGACACCUCACACACUUCAGUCUGAUCACCCAUGGAUUCGGGACUCCGGCAGUGUGUGCGGCUCUCAGCACCUUCCAGACCGUUCUUAGUGAGAUGCUCAACUUCCUGGAUAAACAUUCUGCCGCCGGGAACCCUGGGAAAACCUCUGGUCUGGAGACUGAAAAGAGCGGAACUGUCCGGAAAACCAGCGAGCUGCUCAAUAAAGACGGCAAAGCUGAAAAGACAGAGUAGCCCUUUCCCUGUGCUGUGCAGUGUAUGUGCCUGUGUUUGUCAGGGUUUGAUCCCUGGGAGGAGGAGCUAAUCUCUGUGGAGACUGACAGAGACAUUUAUUCAUUCUGAACAACAGGAAGUAGAGACAGGGACUUCUGGUCAGCGCCAUCUGGGAGUCAACUGGAGAGGAGCGGGGUACACAUGUACACACAUACACACACAUACACACAGUACGUUCUCCCUCCAGUCUCCACCUGAACAGUGCAAUUAAUGUCAUUAAUGUCAUUAUUAUGUUUACCGUUUUAGAACCAAGAGACUGGGGUCUGGGUUCACUAUGUUGGUGAGAGUGUGAGACUGGGUUCACUAUGUUGGUGAGAGUGUGAGACUGGGUUCACUAUGUUGGUGAGAGUGUGAGACUGGGUUCACUAUGUUGGUGAGAGUGUGAGACUGGGUUCACUAUGUUGGUGAGAGUGUGUGUGUGUUCAUGUGCCUGUGCUUGUGUGUGUGCCUGUGUGUGUGUGCGUGUGUGUGAGUCCAGAUUUCUGAGACUCUGCCAUUUUGUAAAGGUGACUAUUCAGUUGCCAUGGAAACAUUUUGUUGUGCAUGUCUAUCUUUGUACACUCCGCAGAACUACAAUUAUGAUACAAGCUCUUUGACCCUUCAUAAACAUUUGUAUAGAUAUAUAUAUAAAUAUUUAAAUAACUUUUCUUGUAGGCUUUGAAUUACAUAUACUGUAUGUUAAAACCAUACCU